AUGUUGCAUAUCAAAUUUUUUUUUUAUUCCUUGCAAUAUGCUAUAUUAAUUAAUAUUUGUAUCUCACAAGAACAGCAUGAGAACCUAGAUCUAUCCUCAGAAGAAAUUUAUUCAAAUAAUUAUAUAAGAGACAAAUCUCAUAGUAUAAGAAAUUUAAUUUAUACAAAAGAUAUCGAACAAGAUGAAAUUCCUGAUAUACCAAAUAUAUCUAUUGAUUUCUCCAUGGAGCAACAACAUUCAACUACUCAUAAAAAAAAAGAGCUUCAUAACAUGGAAAGUUUAGAUGGCACAACAUACUUAGAGAAAAGUAAAUCACAUUGUUUAGAAAAUAGUUCAGAUGGAGUACAGAAUGAAUUACCAAUUUUAACAAUAGAACCAAUUGAUUUUUUUUGUGAACCAAACUAUUCAAGUAUUAUUACUGAAACAGAGCAUUCUAACAUAAGUUCAAUAGAUACAAAAAAUAAAGAGCAUGAAAAUUCACAUAAUCUACAAUAUAUUUUCAAUUAUGAACCAGUUACUCCUAAUUAUAGGAAAGGGGGAUUACUUGAGCUACUCCUAGGAGAUCAAUAUUCAACUAUUAAUUAUGAAAAUAUACUCUUCACUGCUAACAAUUUAAUACCCACAGAAAAUGCAAAUGAAGAAUCAGUUGAAUCACAAAUGAUUAAUGAUGAACUUUCUACAGAACAACAAAAUUUAACAACUUAUAUGAUGGAAGAAUCUUCUAGAUCAGUGAAUUUAAUGGACAUAGAAAAUGAAAAAUGUGUUGGACUAGAAAAUGCUCUUCCUGGUUCCUCUAAAAAUCAACCUACUGCAUCUAUAAAAAAUAGUAAAGAAAAUUCACGCUUAAUAAAAAAAUAUAAACGAAAAUCAAAUAAAAUCCUAGAAAAUGAAAGCAAUGAGGAAGAAAUUAAUGAAAUUCAUAAAAAAAUAUUACAUUACAUUCAAAAUUGUUUUAUUGAUUUAUCUGCUAGAGGUAUGGGUGUUAACGAUGGUAAUGCACAGUCAUGCAUAAGAUAUCUAGUGAAUACAAAAUGCCAUAAAAGUUAUGAUUCAGAUGAUAAUAGUAAUUCCAAUUAUCUUCAUGUUUCUUCCAGAGGAAAAGAUAGUCCUAAUAGGGAUAUUGAAAACCUGGUUUAUUCUCUUUCAACUUUUUUCGAAAGAGAAAUUUAUUAUUUAUCAAAUAAUACAAUUCCAAAUUUAGAAAAAAUAAAAGACUCUUUAAGAAAUGAAAUAGUAAAUAAGUAUUCUAAUUUGGAAAAAAAAUUGAACAUAAACGUUUUUUCAUUAAAAGCUCUUAUAAAUGAAGAACUACUAAAAAUUAAUCCAUAUGAUUUUACAAAAAUUAAAGAAUACUAUGAUCGAAAUAUAAGAGACACUAAAUCAGAAGAAAGUUAUAAUUAUAUUUUAUCAUUUAAACAUAGUGUAAAUUAUAAAUUUAAUAAAAAAGAAGAAAUAUUUCAAAGAAUGAGGGAGUUAUUUGAAUUUUUUAGAGAAUUAAUACCUGAACUUGAAUUUAUGAAGCAAAUAGAUGAUGUAAAAUCAACAAUUAUGGACAAUUUCAUGCAUAAUAAGUUAUUUCAACCUCGAUUUAUUCAAUCAUGUGCAAAUUUUAAACGUUUAUUUGAUUUAUUAGAAUCCAUGGAUAAAUAUAUAGGUUGUGUGGAAGAAUCAUUAAAAAAUGGAUUUCUAUUAAGAGAAUGUACUUAUAAAAUUACAACUCAGCAUUUUAUACAACCUUAUAGUAUAAGAAAAGCUAAAAGUGUUCAAGAGCGUUUUAUUAAACUUCAAAAUAUUUUUGAUAAGCUGAAUUUAUCAUAUGAAGACUACAACAUAAUAAUAAAUAGUAUUUUUUAUUUUUUUAAUAAAGAAAACGCAAAAAAUAGGAAAGAAUUAGAUAAUUUAUUAAGUAAAAAUAAUUAUAUAAGUUCCAUGAAAAUGAUUCAGGAGCUUUUAUUAGAGGAAGAAAAAUGUAUUUUAGAGUACCAUGAAGAAGCCUGUAAAGUUUUUAAUUUAAAUUUGAAUGAAGAAAAUAAGAAAGGAAAAAAUUUUAAUGAUUUCAUAAAUGAUACAAAGAAAGUAAGACAUUUAUCUUAUGCUAAUGAAAUCCUUAUGGAGUUACUUGGAGAAGCGUUUAUAAUAAAACAAGUAAACAUUAUUAAUAAAAUACGCAAGUUAUUAAUAUUUAUAAAUGAAAAUAGUAAAAAGAAAAAUAUUUCACAUGAAACAAAAGAAAUUUUAACAAAAAAACAUCAAUUGCAUUUACUUUCCAUUAUAGAAGCUGAAAAAUCUAAAUUGGAAAAAAUUAAGUUAAAAAUAAUAAAUUUAUAUUUAUUUAGUACUUUAAAAAGUUAUAUAAAAACUAAUAUAUCAAAAAAACUUUACAAGAAAAUAAUGAAAAUUAAGUCAAUUCUGGAACGUCCUUAUUUUAUGAUAUAUAAUAAGAUAAAUGAAGAUAACACUAAAGAAAAUAUAGAUAAUAUGCAAUGUAUUUUACUCGCAUUAUUUCAUAUUAACCAAAGGUUGACAGAUUUUACUAAAAAUGAAACAGAAUAA